GUUUUGAAAAGUGAAAGUAGAAAAAAAAUGGAAGAAGUGAACAAUGUGUUAGAUAUUUCAAAGGAUGACAAGUUAUAUGGAGAUGUGAUAACUUUAUCGGAUUCAUCCGCUGAUGGAACAUUUCUGCUUCAUCACUUCCUAUCGUUUUUUCUCAGCAGCAAUAUCGAUAGACAUGUUUGCUUUGUGUCACUCACACAGUCCUUUGGUCACCAAAAAUCAGUUUGUCAAAAGCUUGGAAUUAAUUUAACACAAAAAAUAGAGUCAUCUCAACUGAAGUACUGCGACGUGUUGAAGGCUUUUGGGAAUCGAUUGCUGGAUAUACGUAGUGACAGUUUAGAUUGUGUGAACAGUUUUGAUUCUCUGCAGGGAGUCUAUGAGAUGAUCAAAGCUAGUUAUUUAGAACUACAGAAUAAACGGGGGGAUCCACCUGUUGUGAUUGUCGAUAACUUGAAUGUUUUACUCAACAUAGGCUACCAUGUUAAAGAAAUUAGUGCAUUUAUUCAGUAUCUUUGUCAGCUUAUUUCAGCACCAGAGUCAGAUUGCAGGGGGACUCUAGUUAUGUUUAUCAGUACAGGAGAAGAUUCUGCUGAUGAAGAAGCAAAUCUUGUUUGGAAGAGACUUUUGCACUUGAGCAACCUAGAUGUUCAUGUGUCUGGUCUUGAGAGUGGAUAUUGUAAAGAUGUACAUGGCAAGAUUGAAGUCAAAAGAAGAAAUUGUAUCAGAAAGAAAAACUCAAAAAGCAUGCAGUUUAAAGUUAAUGAGAAAUCUGUGAAUUUCUUUGCCUCUGGAAUGUCCAAAGCUGUCCUUGGUUGAAUUAAAAAAUAUCAAUAAAAACUUAAUAAACAUUUAA